AUGAAGAAGAAAAAGCAGCAGCACAUUUCCGUGAACGCAAACAAGCGGGAGUCUGAGAGCUUCCCGGACGAGUUGAUCGGGUGGUUUUCUGAUCAUCAGCAGGAGAUCGAUCAGCUGUUCAUCCACGGUGACGUAGACAGAAGUGAAUCAGUCAGCCUGAAGGACUUUGAGCUGGGUUUGAUGAGUUUGGGUGUCCCCUGUCAGCAGUUUCAGCUCCACAUGCUGACUCAGCAGCUGAAGACCUUCAAUGACACGAUUAGUUAUGAAGAUUUGAUGAAACAAAUACAGUCUCUGAGGGACAGUGCAGAGCUCCACGCUCAGAUACCGGGGCACUUCAGAAAAAGACAAGAACCAGUGGAGACAGAAAAUGUAAAACAUCAGCAGAGACUGCAAAACACUGAAGCCCAGAGGUUCAUCCGUCUGAGUGUCCGACUGAUCCCCUUCACCUCGGCCACAGCGCACCCUGGAAACUUUGAGGUUGUUUUAUCGAGCAGCCGCACAGUUUUUGGUCUGAUGAGCGUGAUCGAGGACCGAGCUGGGAUCCAGACCUCGAGCCUGGAGGUUUUCAGUAGCCGAGUGCCAACAGAGGAGGCCCGCCUGCCCCCGGAGAGCACGCUGGAGGAGUGCGGCUUCAAAGGAGGGCCAGAGGAGAGUCCUCCAGAGGUCACCGUGUAUUAUGACUACAGACUGCCAUUUACAGACUGUCCCAUCCUCAACUACGACCGCUACAUUAGGUCGAAUCAGGACUCUGCAUCGAGUCGGGGUCUGUGAAUUACAAAGCUGUUUUGAGGUACCUACACCUACUGUAGACACCAGUUUUGUUAUACGCCUGAGUUUCAAUAUAACAACAACAAAGGUGACUUCGAACAGCACCCAAUGUCACACAUAGUUGAGGUCAGAAGUAAACACACCCUAACCAUACACAUGAAUGUUGUGUUCAUUCUGGGCUUUCAGGGAUCUUCUUUGCAGCUGGCUCAACAGACAUCUUUAAUGACUUUAAUGAAACAAACAUUUGGUGCACAUGUUUAAUAUGGAUUUUCCUAAUCCACACAGGCUCAAAUAUACAGCAUACACUCACUUUAAUCUUUAAAUAAGUGGCUGCUGAGUUUUCUACAAUAUAUUAUCCUGACAAGUC